CAUUCCAAGCUCUAGUAUUCCUAGCUGAUCACGGUCGCCAAGAUGAUGCCCUAUCAGAACGAAAUGUACCACCUUCCACCCUAUGAAGGAGGUGAGAGCUGGAACUGGCAGUCGUCGUGGAGUGAGACAUUUGAGCAUGUCCCGUACGAGCAGCAGCGAUGUUCCGUGGAAAUGUACGAAGAAGGUCAGUGGGGUGAAUAUUCUUCUGAGUGGACCGCGCCGGAGUCCUGGUCCUCAUCCCAGGUGGUCCCGGAGGCCCAGGCAUGGACGCAGCCACAAAGUCAGUGGUCAAACAGCACUCCAUGGGAGGGCCAAAGCACUGCGUCCAGGUGGCCUGAGUCCUCCAUGAUGAUGACUCAAGUGAAGAUGCCUGGACAAGCGCAAGCUGCCACAGCACCAGCGCAGGUGCUCGGGAAGAGUCAAAGCUCCGAUGCACGGACUGUUGCGAGGUACAAACGAACAUACUGUUCGCAUUUGUAAAGUGAAGUCGUAGCUUUCAACAUGGAUAGCUUGACUCACAUGACUAGUUGACAAGGCACAGACUACAGCUGACUGGGUAAUUAUGGGUGCCCGUGAAGAUGUUGCCUCGGUGUGCCUUGCAAGGGUUUUCAAUGUAAGGAAAAGCAAUGCUGCGUCACUGUUACUGUGGCUUCAUUCCUAGAAGAAAGAAGGACGAACAGUUGAAGUCAGAUGGUAAAGGAGUACAGUUUGAGUAAAGGAGCAGUCCGUGGCCAGAUCUCCAAGCCAAAGGGGGGACCACGGGACGGCAUGUG